CCAUCAUACACAAAGCUUAUCAAAUCAACGGCCUAAUUUUCUCGAUCGGCUGCUCUCCUUGGGGCGCAAAAUUAUCGUUUCGCCCUCUACCGUCUUUUAUUGUGUCGCCACGCCCUCCCAGAAAAUCCCUAAACCCUCGAAGCCAGCAAUCCCCGGAGCCUCAGCUUCUCUUUCUUUCUCGAAAUGGCUUGGCGUGGGUCGAUCUCCAGAUCGCUGCACGCCGCAGCGCGGUCGUCCUCCUCCUCCCUCCGUUCCCGGCCGGCUCCCCCCCGCCUUCGCCCUCCGCCGCUUGCCUCCCCUCGGCUCCCGCGCCGCCGCCUCUCUUUCGCCUCUCCCAGGACUUUGGGAGAGCUAGGGUGCGCCCAGUCUCUCCUCCCGCUCCACAGCGUGGUCGCCGUGCCCCGCCUCACCUCGCACCUUUCCGUCAGCGCGAGAGCGUGCUGUGAGCUCUCUCAGGGUACCUUUCGUCGCACUUGUCAAGAUCGCUAGUUAUCUCCUUUCUUUGGAAAAAUGGAAAAGAUGGUUGAUGCAAGAGACAGGCUGGCAUUCGGUGGGAAGCAUUGAUUUCUAAGUUGAUGGAGGAAUGGGAAAGAUGGGUGAUGCAAGAGAGAGGACAGGAUUCAGUGAAAGCAGGAGGAUGGUGAUGUUGUGUCAACCACUGUACUUGAAGGCAGUAAGAUCUCGUUAAAAGCAUUUGGAGCAGUCAUCAUAGGGUUGUUUUCGAAAUCUUUGAGCUAUAUCAUCUAGCAGCUGGAGUAGGACAAACCUAUGAACGGUUUUGCAUAUUUUGAUAAACUUUGAAUUUUCCCAAUUCUUGUGGUUGAUUAACUAUAAUUUUUUGGUAAACCGCUGAGGAUAAAAUCGCAUUGAUGUUCAUCAUGCCACUGGGACUCUCAAUGCAUGUCAUGGAUUCUGUCU